GGCGCCGGGAGCCCGGGCGGGGAUGGGGGCCCCCGCGGCUCGGGGGGAGCGGUGCCCCCGCCCAGGAGCAGAGCUGUCGCUGCGGUCGCCGAGGAAGGAGGACGGAGCCCAGGCCCGCGCGCUCCGGGGAGAAGCCGGGGGUCUCAUCCCGUCGGGAAUGAAGGGAAGUGCGGUGGCCGUUUGCUCGCCCGGACCGCCAGGAGGACCGCAGAUGGUCCGUGAACAGUACACUACAGCCACAGAAGGCACCCACGUGCAGAGGCCAGAGAACCCGUGUGUCUACAAAAUUGGCAUUUAUGGCUGGAGAAAACGCUGCCUCUACUUAUUUGUUCUCCUUUUACUCAUCAUCCUCCUUGUGAAUUUUGCUCUCACGAUUUGGAUUCUUAAAGUGAUGUGGUUUUCCCCAACAGGAAUGGGUCACUUGCGUGUUACAAAGGAUGGUCUUCGCCUGGAAGGGGAGUCAGAAUUUUUAUUCCCAUUGUACGCCAAGGAAAUACACUCCAGAGUGGAUUCAUCCCUGCUUCUGCAGUCAACUCAGAAUGUGACCGUCAACGCACGCAACUCUGAAGGGGAGGUCACAGGCAGGUUAAAAGUGGGUCCCAAAAUGGUAGAGGUCCAGAGUCAACACUUCCAGAUCAACUCCAAGGAUGGCAAGCCACUCUUUACUGUCGAUGAAAAGGAAGUUGUGGUUGGUACAGAUAAACUUCGAGUAACAGGGCCUGAAGGCGCCCUUUUUGAACAUUCAGUGGAGACCCCACUCGUCAGAGCCGACCCAUUUCAGGACCUGAGAUUAGAGUCUCCCACACGGAGUCUAAGCAUGGAUGCCCCAAAGGGUGUUCAUAUUAAAGCUCAUGCUGGGAAAAUCGAGGCCCUUUCUCAAAUGGAUAUCGUUUUCCAAAGUAGUGAUGGAAUGCUCGUGCUUGACGCUGAAACCGUGUGUUUACCCAAGUUGGUUCAGGGGACUCAGGGCUCUGCCGGCAGCUCACAAGAACUCUAUGAAAUCUGUGUGUGUCCAGAUGGGAAGCUUUACCUGUCCGUGGCUGGCGCGGGUACGACGUGCCACGAAAGCAGUCACGUCUGCCUCUAAACCACCUGCAUCUUCCACCGAACGCCUGCCUCAUGUCCGUGAGCUUUACGGUACCGACCUCGGGCCUUCACACUGAGCAACUUAACAUCCUAUAAAACCGAGAUGGUGGAUGGGAAGUCGGAGGAUGGAAAAACGUGCCAACGGAAGAAGGAUGCAACUACACGCUCUCAGAAUGCUGUGUACUUAUGAGACACAGACGUCUAGCAACAGCAAACAAGGAAAUGUUUGUUCCACUACACUUACUUUCAUCAGAACCGCUGUGACUUUUCCUUUUCUUUCUUGUAGAUAAUCUACAGUGAAAGAUUGAAUUGCUGUGUGGAAUUAACUUAGGCUGUUCAGUUGUGAAUAUCUAAUUCCCCACGGAAACAGCAUUGGUCUAAAUGCCCCCAAAGUUCAAUGUGGUCCCAUUAUAUCACUGAAACCCACGCACUCAUUUUAACGCACAGCGCGUCAGGUCUCACAAGAAAAUCUUCAGGUUUUAAGGGGACUUAGGUGGAUCUGAUUUUCAACAUGUAGUCAAGGGAAUAAAUUCUACAAAAUCAAUCAUGUUUUCUUUAUGCAUAGUCAACAAGCAAUAAAA